AUGAUGAUGAUGUCCCUGAACAGCAAGCAGGCGUUCAGCAUGCCGCACGGCGGCAGCCUGCACGUGGAGCCCAAGUACUCGGCACUGCACAGCGCCUCGCCCGGGUCCUCCGCGCCCGCGGCGCCCUCCGCUAGCUCCCCUAGCAGCUCGAGCAAUGCUGGCGGCGGUGGUGGCAGUGGCGGGGGCGGUGGAGGCCGUAGCAGCAGCUCCAGUAGCAGUGGCAGCAGCGGCAGCAGCGGCGGGGGCUCCGAGGCGAUGCGGAGAGCGUGUCUUCCAACCCCACCGAGCAAUAUAUUCGGCGGGCUGGAUGAGAGUCUGCUGGCCCGCGCCGAAGCUCUGGCGGCCGUGGACAUCGUCUCCCAGAGCAAGAGCCACCAUCACCACCCGCCCCACCACAGCCCCUUCAAGCCGGACGCUACCUACCACACCAUGAACACCAUCCCGUGCACUUCGGCUGCCUCUUCUUCGUCGGUGCCCAUCUCGCACCCGUCCGCACUGGCGGGCACGCAUCACCACCACCACCAUCAUCACCACCACCACCAUCAGCCGCAUCAGGCGCUGGAGGGCGAGCUGCUGGAGCACCUGAGUCCCGGUCUGGCCCUGGGUGCCAUGGCUGGCCCCGACGGCGCCGUAGUGUCCACGCCAACUCAUGCACCGCACAUGGCUACCAUGAACCCCAUGCACCAAGCAGCGCUCAGCAUGGCCCACGCGCAUGGGCUGCCCUCACACAUGGGCUGCAUGAGCGACGUGGACGCCGACCCCCGGGACCUGGAGGCAUUCGCCGAGCGCUUCAAGCAGCGACGCAUCAAGCUGGGGGUGACCCAGGCCGAUGUGGGCUCCGCACUGGCCAACCUCAAGAUCCCUGGUGUGGGCUCGCUUAGCCAGAGCACCAUCUGCAGGUUCGAAUCCCUUACGUUGUCGCACAACAAUAUGAUUGCGCUCAAACCCAUCCUGCAAGCGUGGCUCGAAGAGGCCGAGAAGUCCCACCGAGAGAAGCUCACCAAGCCGGAGCUCUUCAACGGCGCGGAGAAGAAGCGCAAGCGCACGUCUAUCGCUGCCCCAGAGAAACGUUCUCUUGAAGCCUACUUCGCCAUCCAGCCGCGGCCCUCCUCCGAGAAGAUCGCCGCCAUCGCGGAGAAGCUGGACCUUAAGAAAAACGUGGUGCGCGUCUGGUUCUGCAACCAGAGGCAGAAACAGAAAAGAAUGAAAUAUUCUGCGGGCAUUUAG